UUUAAAAAUUUGAACCUUUUGCUUGUAUCGACGACCAAAACGCCUCAAACCGCCCACCCAUCUACUAACCCCCAAAACCAACAGCAAAGAUGGCUCCCACCAAGAAGGGCGAGGUUCCCCGUACCGGUCUUGCUACCGGCCUUAACCGCGGCUUCAAAACCACCGCCAGGGUCUCCAAGCCCCGCGUUAGCUCUACCAAGGGCCACCUCAGCAAGAGGACUGCCUUUGUCCGCGAGCUCGUCAAGGAGGUCGCUGGCCUUGCCCCCUAUGAGCGCCGUGUUAUCGAGCUGCUGAGGAACGGCAAGGACAAGCGUGCCCGCAAGCUGGCCAAGAAGCGCCUCGGUACUUUCGGCCGCGCCAAGGCCAAGGUCGAGCAGCUCCAGACCGUCAUUGCUGAGGCCCGUCGUGCCGGCCACUAAGCACCAUAUCCUAUAACUGGGGAUGGGAACAAGAACAAAAAAUAAAAGGAGUACGUGACGGGUGGAAAUCGGCAUGACAUGAUGGGCGAUACCAGUCGCCCUUGGGAAAGUUAGAUACAUCAUGGGCAAAUUAUACCAGGAACACUUCAGGGUGAUUUUUUUACGGCAGCAUCUUCAUGUUGGUCAUUCAUUGAUUCGUGCCUUGGGGGCACCGGCGUCCUGGGCUGGGAAAACAAGCUAGUUUUGACAUUUCAUCAUGAACAUGACGUGCCCCGUUGAUGAUCUCCCAAGUCAAUCCCAAGCUAUGAGCAUUGACCUAGGCUAUGUUUGCUGUAUAAUGUUGCUAGAUUCC